AAGUUAAAGUGUUUUCAGGCAUUUUCAAGGAGGUUUUCCAAACAUUAUCCGUACUGAAACCAGGAUUAUUUUGUUGUGUAUAUUUGGCAGUGCCGAACAUUAGCACGCAGCUUGCAGACGACUCGUUUGGUCAUGACUUCGUUACCCCGCAGGAUCGCCAGUGCCUUGGCUCUUCCGGUUCUAUUUGGAGGUUAUUUAUUUGUAAUUCAUUAUGGAUGGCAGAGACUGCAAUAUAGCCCUGUAGUCAAUGGCGGAGAAGAACCUGAUACUAUAUCCAUCGAAAAGUUUAGAAAGGUAUUUUUUGGAGAAAAAUCUAACUCCGAAAGUAAAGAUGGAAAAGAAGACGGAAAGAAGUAGCUGAGCAUUUCAUUUGUAGUACUAAGCUAAAUUAAGACGUACAUUUAGUGAUAUAUUAUGGCGUUUGUUCUUAUUGACUCAUCUAAUCUAAAACCAGCUCUUGAUGGCUUCUGCAAACUACUUGCCGCAUUAACUGGACCGCAGGGGCACUUAUGUCUAUUAGUGUCCCCUGUUGAUUCUUUCACCUUGACCUCCUCAUCUUGUCGGAUUAUAGCAAACCUACCCAUUGGAAGUCCCAUUCUUCAAUUUGCAUUGCAAUGUAUUAAGUCUCAAAUAGAUAGAUACAGAGAUAAUGGACUGUACUGUGGCAUUCUUUUAAGUAAACUUAUGAUCCACUUAAUUGAUUGCUCAUUUCCUGUGCCAGCAUCCUGUUCCAUUUUGGCUACUUUAGGGCUUUAUCUUCAGUCUGAAUUACAAAAUUCAGCUGAGCUAAGGCUCAAAGUUAAUUUGGAUUCUGUUCAACCCUUUGUAUCUAUAGCAAAGUCAAUAUUAUUUUCUAAGUGUAGUGUAUUUGAAGGCAAAGGUGGAGAGUCUAUUGCACUAGCCAAUAAACAAGCGACUCUUCUAGUGCGAGCCUUCUUGCACGCAGAGGCAAAUGUAGGAAAUGUGCUGUUGAGCAUCAAUGAUAAGUGCAACCAUCAGUGCCUCCUACCAGGAGUGUUGUACCCAUGCACGGAUGGAGAGCAGGUUGUUUUGGCAGGAGGAUCUUGGCGUUCAGUACCCAUACUCCUAUUUUCUGUUAUGCUGACGGACAGGUUAGAUUGUAAUGAAAAGGAAAUACCAGGAGUGGAAUUGGUGGACAGAGGGAAAGCUCACCUAGAAGCAGCUGAAAUGUUCAUUGACAAGGCUGUUUCUUCUGGAAUUCGUAUAAUUGCAUGUCAAAAAGUGGUUCACCCUAGUUUAUUGUUAAAACUCAAGCGGAAGGGUGUUCUUGUCCUUCAACGUUUAGGAAAGCAAAUGACAAAUUCUCUAGAAAUGAUAUCAGGAGCAACACGUGUAUCAAGCUUAAAUACAUCUUUCAUUGAAUCAUUGUCAAAACUGAAGGGUUGUUUGGAAAAUGUGCAACAGUUUGAAGAAACGGAUGGAGAAUUUAUAUUGCUGGAAGGACCAUCUAAUUCUGGAAUAUGCUCUCUGCUACUCACUUCUAGAGCACUUGGACAAGGAGCAGAGUUGAAGGCAGUUGCCCAACAGGUUUUAGCUGCUUUAAAUCAGGUUCUUCAGGAUGCAGUAGUACUCCCGGGGGCUGGCUGCACUGAAGUAUACCUCUGCUCGUUCUUAUCACAGCAGGUACAACAACAUAGAGAAAAAAUUUGUGCAAGAGAGAAGUGUUCAGUGCUCCACAUAAAUACCGUUCUUAAGUGGCUGCAAGAAGGACUUAUGCUGAGUUCGGGAUUGAAUUGUUCAAGUGGUAAUUUAUCUGUAGAUUCAGUGUACCAUCAUGCUUGGAAGGGAUCUGGUGAGAUAAAUAGCAUUGUGGAUACUUGUAAGUGUAAUUGUGGGCUGAUAAGUUCUGUGGAUAUUAAAAAUUCUAAUGGUGCUUGGACCAUAGUGUCCUUGAAUCAGUCAGGACCUGUGUUUAGUGAUAGCCAUAGUCAUGCUCAGGCUCAACCAUUCACUCCAUCUCCAUCUGGUUUGUGUGAUGUUGUUCUUGAUGUGUGCUCCACAAAAAAAAGUGCGAUUGCUAUAGCACUGGAUGGUUGCAUUGCAAUAUCAAAUAUCGGGGCCAUUGUCACCAAAAGUUAAUACUACACAGUUAAUUAAAAGCUAUUUGAGCAGUCUGCUAUUGGUGAUCUUCCUUUAGUUUGCACAUGAGAUCGAAGGUAGGGUUCAAUAUUAAAACAAGUUUGUAAGGAGAAAUUCACUGUAUUCUAUGCACUGUACAUUAAUGUCUGUUUAUGUGGUUUGGCUUUUGUAUAAGUUAAAGUUCAGGCUGCUUAACCUUGAUAAACGGUUAGUAAAGGAAUGAAAAAAUUAAAAACCAAAGUAAAUAGAAUUUUUUCCCAUAAAUGUCAUAUAUCUAAAGAAAAUCCUAUUCUUGAAGUAAUACUUAAUAUUGUUGUGCAUUUGUGUGUUGUACUAAACAAUGCACAAUCUCGUCAAAUUUAACUGCUAUGUAUUUUGACAUGUCGCCAUAAAAAUAAAUAUUUAUUUUCUGUA